AUGACCCGGCGUACUGGCCACGAUGAAUCACUCUCCAUUCAUGGCGAGGCCGAAAGCUUCAGUGCACCAACAAGAAUCUAUACGAUCGCAGCCAACGCAAGCGGACCAAGCAUUCCGAACUCCAUGACAAGCGUGUCGCAGAUUGGGUGUCAAGAACAGCCGGGGCUGAGAUUGAUGGCCGAGGAUGGCGCCGUUCCUGGCGAGACCAAGGGCGACAACGCGGAGGCGCAGACCAUACUCGAGGAACAGCCAUCAAGCCACUCGGAACUCAAGUGCUUGGUUGAAGGCGUCGAUGAGGUUUGGUGCAACGCUCGACCUCUCACUGGACCUGCUCCGAAACUCGACUAUUGCGUCGGUUUCAACCGCAGCGCAUUUACAGCUCAACAGUUGCAGAAGCUCCAACCCUUGAUCAGCAAUGCGUCUAGCGAAGCCAAGUCCGACUGUAUGGCGACGUCAAGGAUGCUCUUCCCGUUCCUCGCAAGUGAGGUCAAACGCGGAAGGGAAGCACUUGAUGAGGCCGACAACAAGAACGCGCACAGUCUGACGAUCGCCCUGCGCGACGUGGUUCAGAUUUUCCAACUUGCCGGCGGGGAAUCGGAGGUUCGCCGUCAAAUCCUUGGCUUCUCCUUCUCGCACGACAACCAGAACGUUCGGAUAUACGGGCACUAUGCAGAAGUGGAUGGCACGAAUAUCCAACACUACCGCCAUGAUAUUCGAAAGUGCAACAUCUACAACAUUGCAGAUCAUAAUGCGUAUCCAUCAGCAAUGGAUGCCGGCUUACAUCAAGCAGCUUUGUUCAGCUGUCGACGAUUUACCGAUGGAUCGUACUAG